AUGUUGGGAAUAUCAUAUUGGAUGAUACCUGUUUUUUCAGGAAUAGUAUGGCUUGCCAUGCUUCUUGCCAUGUUAUUGACCUGGACCGUUGCAGAUGGUUCGCCAAUAAUUACACCUAUGGAUAAUGGUCAAACCAUUGCAUACAUUUCAGAUAUCGGCGCACAUGAACUUCAACCACUCUUCAUUGCAAUGGGUACGGUAACUGUGGUUACCUUUAAUAUUGUAUUUAUUACCGAGAGAUGGCUACGACAUAGAGGAAGAUUACAUGGGAAUACUUCGGUUUUCCAAAAGGUCUUGUCGAGUCUUGCGAUCAUCUGUUCGAUUGCAGGUGGAGUCGGUUUGAUCUGUCUUACCUGUCUCAACGAUGUUCAUCAUCACACUGCACACGAUGUUUGCCUCGCCAUCUUCAUCGGUGGAUACAUCCUCUCCGCCAUCUUCAUUUGCUGGGAAUACCAACGACUAGGAAUCCACUACCGAGAACACCGCAUCCUCCGCAUCUCCUUCUGGGUAAAACUCGCCUUCAUCUUCGUAGAACUCGGCCUCGCCAUCGGCUUCGGCGUCUGCAAUCGCAAAUCAUGGUGGAACACGGCUGCCAUCCUCGAAUGGAUCAUCGCUCUCAUCUAUACCUUUUACGUGUGGAGUUUCGCUAUCGAUUUUAUCCCGGCGGUAAGAACGAAACAUUAUUCUAGUGGCGAUACGGAAGCCGAGAUGGCCAUGGCUAUGGAGGGGGAGAGUAGACAGAGGGGGUUUGGUGGGGUGCGGGAUGAGCGGAGGGCCUAUGCGAAUACGGGGAGUGUUGGGAGUAGUGGGAAUGGGAGGUGGAAGGCUGAGGAACCGGUUGUUCCGUCGAGGAAUUUUUAG